GUUCACAGUGAGAGUCGGGGGAGAUAAAAAGACAGCCAAUUCACAGAGAGGAGAGAGACAAACAGACCAGAGUCUUCGUGUCUGUCCUCUUAGAGAGAGAAAGAGCCUUGUGUUGUAUAAAACGGACUCACGUGAACUGUGGAAACCGGUUCCCGCUUCCUCCUCUAUCUGCCCAACCCGAACCUGUGUUACAAUGUCUUAUACGUCUUCAUAUCUGGAAUAUUAUUAUUGUUAACAUAAAGAUAAAAUAAAGAGUCAUUUGACCCCUCUUUUGCAACCAUGAUAUAUGGCUGGUUGAAAAUUUUGUUUUAGAAAUGGUGUGCUCCUCAUUAGAGGUGGUUAAACAAUGCAAUUUCCUAAAAAAAUUAUUAUAGCACUAUAAUACAGUCAAAUGUAGACCUAAAUGAACAACUUAAAAGAGUUUUUGAUCAUUUGCUUAAAACUUUAUUUUUUCAUGGUAUGGUUGACAUUUUCGUGGAAUUGACCAUUUGUAUUCCACAUAGCGCAAAAGCCAUACAGACAGACAACAAGUAUAUACAAAGAACGUUUUAUUUUUCUAUUAUUGCUAUUUUCAGACGAUAUGUAAAAAUGAUGCCAAUCUGACUUGUCUGCAGUUGGUUUCCUAACACUAAAUUGACCAUUUUCUAGUCCGAGUAUCACAUCCUUUGAUGACACAGAGUGCGCUCUGCUCUGUUAUUCUUCUAAAGCCCCGUUGACUACCUGCCUGCUCUAAAUAUUGGAUAAUUUAAUGCACAAGCUAAAAAUAAUGAUUCUAUAUAUUUUUUUGCAUUCAUUAAUUAAUAAACUAAAAGAGAUCCACAUCUGAUUUUUCAGGCUUUUCUAUGACCGCCCACUUCCGUCCACAUCUCAUGGAAGUACCGUCCGCUCCUGCCUUGAACUUGGAAAUGUAAUCCUGUGCUGCAAGAAAUCUAAUCGGGUCCUGUGGGAGUUCUGCGAGCUGAUGGAAGUGAGUGAGGAACGUGAAAUGCAGAAUGAAGUGGAGGAUGAACAGCAUGAUUUCAUAACUGGAGAAAAAUCUUUGAGUGGCUCAAAUACUGAAAAUAAUUUCUCACCAAAAAAUCCUCAAAGAAGAGCAGCCAAGAAAUCUUUCACCUGCUUUCAGUGUGGAAAGAGUUUCAUACAUAAAGGCAAUCUUAAUAUACACAUGAGAGUUCAUAAUGGAGAGAAGACUUUCACGUGCCUUCAGUGUGGGAAAAGUUUUGCAGAUGCAAGAAAUUUCAAGAAUCAUCUUCACUGUCACUCUGGAGAAAAAACAUUUGAAUGUGAUAAGUGUGGUAAAACAUUUGUUCUGGCACAGUCCCUAAGAAACCAUCGAAAAACUCACACAAAUGAGAAGUCUUACAAGUGUUCUUUUUGUGGAAAGAGUUUUGCAGACGUGUCCUAUUUUAAACAGCACCAGAAAAUACAUACUGGUGUGGGGGCUCAUAUGUGCUUUGAAUAUGGGAAGACCUUUAUUACAGCUGGCAGCUUGAAACUGCACCAAAGAAUUCAUACUGGAGAGAAACCUUACAAGUGCUCACACUGUGGAAAGAGUUUCACUCGGUCAGAUGGCCUGAAAACACAUGAGAGAAUUCAUACAGGAGAGAAACCUUACAAGUGCUCACACUGUGGAAAGAGUUUCACUUGGUCACAAAACCUGAAGACACACGAGAGAAUUCAUACAGGAGAGAAACCAUACAAGUGCUCACACUGUGAAAAGAGUUUCAUUCAGUCAGAUAGCCUGAAAACACAUGAAAGAAUUCAUACAGGAGAGAAACCAUACAAGUGCUCACACUGUGGAAAGAGUUUUAUCAAGUCAAAAAACCUAAAAAGACAUGAGAGAAUUCAUACUGGAGAGAAACCAUACAAGUGCUCACACUGUGGAAAGAGUUUUACUUGGUCACAUGACUUGAAAACACACGAGAGAAUUCAUACCGGAGAAAAAACAUACAAGUGCUCACACUGUGAAAAGAGUUUCACUCGGUCAGAAAAGCUAAAAACACACGAGAGAAUUCAUACUGGAGAGAAACCUUACAAGUGCUCACAUUGUGAAAAGUGUUUCACUCGGUCAGAUGGCCUGAAAACACAUGAGAAAAUUCAUACCGGAGAAAAACCAUAUAAGUGCUCACACUGUGAAAAGAGUUUCACUUGGUCACAUGACCUGAAAACACAUGAGAGAACUCAUACUGGAGAAAAACCAUACAAGUGCUCACACUGUGGAAAGAGUUUCACUCGGUCAGAAAAGCUAAAAACACAUGAGAGAAUUCAUACUGGAGAGAAACCAUACAAGUGCUCACAUUGUGAAAAGAGUUUCACUCGAUCAGAUAACCUGAAAAAACACAAGAGAAUUCAUACUAGAGAGAAACCACACCAUUGCAAUUGUUUUAUAAACCGACAGAAAACACAAGAAGAAGAAGAACUGACAGUUUGGACGCUCAGUCCAAUGUUCAUCAUGAGAGAGCAGGUGGAUGUGAUUCACACUGGAGAACUGCAGAUGUUGCAGACACCAGUGAAGACUGAAGUGAAGCAGGAGGAGAUAAAAGAAGAAAACACAACACUUUGUUGUUCCUCUGAUGAAGAUGAUGAUGAACAGCAGAUGUUGCAAACACCAGUGAAGAUUGAAGUGAAGCAGGAGGAGAUAAAAGAAGAAAACACAACAGAAGAACAACAGAGUGAUGAAGAUGAUGAUGAACAGCAGAUGCUGCAGACACCAGUGAAGAUUGAAGUGAAGCAGGAGGAGAUAAAAGAAGAAAACACAACAGAGGAACAACAGAGUGAUGAAGAUGAUGAACAGCAGAUGCUGCAGACAUCAGUGAAGAUUGAAGUGAAGCAGGAGGAGAUUAAAGAAGAAAACACAGCAGAGGAACAACAGAGUGAUGAAGAUGAUGAUGAUUUUGUUCCUGCAGGUAUUUUUCUUCUGCUGAUGGAAAUGAAAAAGGACCGUGAAGAGCUGAAUGAAGUGGAGGAGAAACAACAUGAUUUUAUUACUGGAGAAAAAUCUUUGAGUGGCUCAAACACUGAAAAUAAUUUCUCUCCAAAAAAGCCUCAAAGAACAGCCAAGAAAUCUUUCACCUGCUCUCAGUGUGGAAAGAGUUUCACAUGUAAAAGUGAUCUUAAUAAACACAUGAGAGUUCACACUGGAGAGAGACCAUACACAUGCCAUCAGUGUGGGAAAAGUUUUGCAUAUGCAACUGAUCUCAAGAAUCAUCUCCACCAUCACUCUGGAGAAAGACCAUUUGAAUGUGAUAAGUGUGGUAAAACAUUUGUUCUAGCGCGAUACCUAAGAAAACAUUUGAAGACUCACACAGAAGAGAAGCCUUACAAGUGUUCUUUUUGUGGAAAAAGUUUUGCACAUGUGUCCUAUCUUAAACAGCACCAGAAAAUUCAUACCAGUCUGGGGACUCAUAUGUGCUUUGAAUGUGGAAAGACUUUUAUUACAGCCAGCAAAUUGAAACAGCACCAAAGAAUUCAUAAUGGAGAAAAAACAUACAAGUGCUCACACUGUGAAAAGAGUUUCACUCAGUCAGAAAACCUAAAAACACACAAGAGAAUCCAUACUGGAGAAAAACCAUACAAGUGCUCACACUGUAAAAAGAGUUUCACUCAAUUACAUUGCCUGAAAACACAUGAGAUAAUUCAUACUGGAGAAAAACCAUUCAAGUGCUCACACUGUGAAAAGAGUUUCACUCAAUCAGAAAACCUAAAAACACACAAGAGAAUCCAUACGGGAGAAAAACCAUACAAGUGCUCACACUGUAAAAAAGGUUUCACUCAAUUACAUUGCUUGAAAACACAUGAGAGAAUUCAUACCGGAGAAAAACCAUAUAAGUGUUCACACUGUGAAAAGAGUUUCACUCAGUCAGAACACCUAAAAACACACGAGAGAACUCAUACUGGAGAGAAACCAUACAAGUGCUCAUACUGUGAAAAGAGGUUCACUCGGUCAGAUCACCUAAAAACACACGAGAGAAUUCAUACUGGAGUGAAACCAUUCAAGUGCUCACACUGUGAAAAGAGUUUCAUUCAUUCACAUUGCCUGAGAACACAUGAGCGAAUUCAUACUGAAAAACCAUACCACUGCAAGUAGUCUAUAUAGACAUGUGAAAAAAAAAUUGCAAAAGCAAUCCUCCGUCGAUGCAAGAGUUUCGUGAAGGAGUGUUACUACACAAAACAGACUCCAGCCGCUAGGCAGAGACAGCACAAAAAGAAACAAAAUGGCGCCCAGCUUCAUCAGACAGUCAAGUGUAUAUUCAGCGAGUCAAGUUCACUUGGGGGCAAUGUGAGAAACACGAAAUGGCUUACUCACCCCAUUGCCUCUAUGAAAGACAAUGCUUGCUGCGGCCAUCCUUAGUAUCUGUUCUCAAUUUGGCCAGAAACAUUAGUGCAAAAGCAAUCUUCCAUUGAUGUAAGAGUUUCUUGCAUUCCUUGAAUCGAUCACGUUUCUCUCUUGUCGAAUUUGCAAAGUCUGGGAACAAGAAAAUGCUGUGGUUCUUCCAAGAAAGCUUUCAUUUACUCCUCGCAUAACACGAGAUCUUUAUUGGAUGAUCUCAGAAAUUUGGCCAGAAUUGAUCAGGGCCUGUCUCCCUCCGUGGAUCUCUGAGCUGGAACUUUGUGAGCUUGCUCGAUUUCCAGCUUAUGGCCCGUUAUGUCGAGCAGACUAGGGAAGAGCUUGUCUAGGAAUUUCACCAUAUCUUGGCCUUCCUCAUACUCAGGAAUUCCAACAAUUCAGACGUUGUUUCACUGAUUACGAUUCUCAAGGUCUUCCAGCUUUUCCCAAAUGCGUUCCAAAUCUACUUUGAUCACUAGCAGAUUAGCAGCUAAUUCCCUCUCUGAUGACUCCAGAUAAUCGACCCAUUUCUCGACAUCCCCGAUUCUUGUAACCAACUCAGAGAAUUUCGCCUCCAUCGCUGUAAUCGAUCGACGUAUUACAGCAAGAUCUUCCAGGUCCGCUACGACCUUCGUCAGCAUUACAGACAUGCUCGACAGUUGGCGUUGAAUUUCUCCUGCUGCACUGUCCAAAUUGAGUCCCUGGUCUGCAGCCCUGUCUGAGGUAUCAGCUUGAGCACUUAAGUGUCUUUUAAUAUCUCCAGAGCCCGAGGAUUUUGAAUUCUUUGACAUGUUGAUUUCAUUGAACAGUUAUGUAGCAGGGUGUAUAGAAUCUCACCGGUUUAUGACAUAAAAAGAAUUAAAAACUAGCAAAGUGUGUAGAGCUCGUCAUUCACAUGUCCAAACCCCGCAUGGCGCCACGUGACUCCUUCCCAGACAAAACAUUCUUAAUGUUUUGUUUUUUUAAUGGGAUAGGGAAAGUAGAGAGGUGACAGGAAAUGAGAGGGAGAACUGUGGGAAUGAGAUCGGGAAAGGACUCACAAGCCGGGACUCGAACUCGGGUCACCCACGAUGCAUCAUCACCACAUGCCAUGAGCACAACAUUUAUUUUGUAUGUAUUAAAUGAGGUAAACAUGGAUUAAUUAUAUACAAUUAAGACCAGCGUGAACAUGUUGCUGUGUAUAGGACAUUUCUGAACUUGUUUUACAGAAAAAAUGUCGGACAGAGGAGAGAGAGUGCCAAGAGAGAGAAAAUGGCUUAAAGAGAUAGAUUUAUGAGCCAGGUGCAAGCUGAAGGCUGCACAGAGUUGAACUUGAGGUCAAAAAGAUAAGGUCGAGACUGUUUUAUGUACAAGUAUUUUAUUUGACUAGAGAGGAAAACAUGUAUUACAUAAG